UGCGAUGAAUUCUUCAACGUCUCUGAUUUUCUUCGGGCAAUUCGACGAAGUUGAAGGGUGAAGAGCUGGUUGAACGAUGAUCGAUCGACCGGUAAUUGCGGUCCUAGACCGAGGGGGGUACCCAUCCUUAUGACCGGACAAGCAUUAGACCCAUUUUAGAAAAGAUCGCAGGUGGUUCUACAUCGAUACCGAUAAGAUUUUCGAUCGUCUUCAACGAUGUCGAAGGAAAUGCUAGUCUACGGAAAGUAUACUAAUCUUGUGAAACGUCUUCUCACGAUUUAUGGACUGUACCCGUACCAGCAGAGCAUCGUCAGAUACCUGUCAAUUUUAGUGCUGCUGUCGUACAGCCUUGUUUCCUGUGGCUUAGUAAACUUUCUUCGUCUUCAUAUUGCGAACAUCAGUGCGAUCACCGUGUGUUGCAGCCUGUUUAGUAGUUGUUUCAACAUAUCAGUGAAGAUCCUGCGAUUCGUCUUUUGUCGCAAAAAGCUAGUGGAAAUAUACAACACACUCGCAAGAAUGUUUGAGGAGACAACGAUGCAACAAACCUCCGGUUCGCCAGUCUUUCAAUACCUUCUCCCCUGUUAUCGUUUAGCAUACUACCAAUUCGUCUGUCUGUUCUUCACCGCAAUCUUGUACACGACCAAACCGUUGAUAACGAUAACAUUUCGCAACGGAAAACGUUCGAGCCCGCUUCCCACGAAAUAUCCGUGGCCGGCCGAGACCACCAUAAGUUUUGCGGCCCAUUAUGUACUCGAGGUGCUCGUUUCUUUCUCGUUCCCCAUCAUAACUUCCGGGGUGGACGGGUUCUUCACUAUGUGCGCGUUUCGCAUAUGCUCCGUGUUCCGGGCGAUGACCAUCGAACUGGAGGAAUUGCCAAAGCGAUCGAAUGAUAUGGAAACCCAUGGACGAGUUUUGCGGAAGUGCAUCCAAAGGCACGCUACGUUGAUGGAGUGUCAGAACGCUAUAGAAGAGAUUUACGGACCUGUUGUUCUGGUGGUUACGAUGACGAACGGACUUGGCAUGUGUAUGCUCAUAUUCGAGUCCUUUCGGGCCGAAGAAAUACCAAUUGAGAAAGCCUGCGCUUCGGGUCUCUAUCUUUUUGGAAAGGUGAUCCAGACGCUUACCUACGCCUGGCCUGGAGAUAUGAUUACAUCCGAGAACGAAGCUUUUCGUCACGAGGUUUACUAUAACAACUGGUACGAGCGUUCGGAUAUUAGAACCGGAAAACUCACUCUCACGAUACUAUCGCAGAGAGUAAUGGUCUUGAAGUCAUGCGGCUUGUUAGUGAUUUCGUUGGACCUCUUCGCAAAGAUUAUGAAUAGAACGAUAUCCUACUACUUCUUAAUGGUAACGCUCGACGAUGACGAAUAACGGAGAGAAGAAUAGAGAUUUGUUGUCUGUUUCCAAUGUAAAUAAAAGUUACGAGCUGAUAUAUUACAA